GGUCUGUGUGUCCACGUGCCCUGCUCCUUCUAUCCGUGGAGUUUGUGGUCUUCCUCUACCAAAGUCUACACCUACUGGUACCGGUACAAGGACAACAUAAACCAUCCUGUGGCCUCGAGCAGCCCAGAUAAAGAAGUGAAGAGUGAGACCAAAGGCCGCUUCCUCCUCGCGGACCCCACGGCCAACAACUGUUCCCUGCAAAUCAGAGACUCCAGGAGGAGUGACUCAGGACGCUACUACUUCCGAGUGGAGAGAGGAAAUUCUGUGAGAUAUAGUUACUUACAUAAGAUGCUGGAUUUUCAUGUGACAGCCCUGACAGAGAAACCCCACAUCCGAAUAAGGGAGCCCCUGGAGUCCGGCCGCCCCACACAGCUGGCCUGCAGCCUGCCAGGGGCCUGUGAAGGGGGACAACGUUUCACCUUCUCGGGAGCCGCUGUGGACUCGCUGAACCUCCAGACCCGCCGCUCCUCGGUGCUCACCUUCACCCCGAGGCCCCAGGACCAUGGCACCAACCUCACCUGUCAGGUUCAAGUCCAAGGAUCUUUGGUGGCCACGCAGAGAACCGUUUGGCUCAAUGUGUCCUGUGAGUGUUGGAGGGGGGGCUGAGUCCAUGCGGGCAGGGGAGUGGCGUGUGUGUCUGUGUGUGUGUGUGUG